ACAUGCAGUAUCRGAGAGCUUUUUCUCUUGUUUACCUUCGGAGCAGACGGUUCCCGUUCUUCUGGUUCCGUGCAGAGCAGCCARAGUCAGCUCAGAUGCUGGACUAGUUUCUCCAGGAAGUCAUGUUAAUGCACAGCCUAUUUUUGUUUGGCUUUGGACUGCUUUUUACUGGAAAUCCUUUUUGGAUAAAAGGUGUAUCUUGUGAACACGCAUCCAGACUUUCUACAUUAGAAAUAAUAAUUCCUCGAAGACUGWCAGGCAGAGAGGAACAUCACCCAUUUGCUCAUGAGGAGCAUUCAGAUGACAAUCUUUCUUACUCGGUUAAAACCAGAAAUGGAACAUAUCUCCUAAAGCUGAAGAAAAAUAAAAAGCUUCUUAGUGAAGACUUUAAGCUGUACACAUAUGGAGAAAAUGGGAAACUGCAGGCAACACCAUCCAAAAAUGAGCCACACUGUUAUUAUCAUGGCACUGUUGAAGGAAUUGCUGACUCCACACUUGCUCUCAGCACAUGUGAUGGCCUUAGGGGAAUUCUCCACAUUGGUGGCAAAUGGUACGGAAUGGAGCCGCUCAACACAUCCAGCACAUUUGAACACAUGUUUUAUGAACUGGAAGAUAUGCAGGGAAUCCCCUUCCAUUGUGGGGUGCUGAAUGGCAGCCUGGAGCAUGAGAUGAUCGUGAAACAGUCUGUGAAGUACACAUUUUCAUCAAACAGUACCUCCAGCAGGGACAGGCUUCUGAGGGAGAAGCGAGCUGUCCUGCCCCAGAAAAGCUAUGUAGAAUUAUAUGUGGUUGUGGAUCACCAUAGGUUUUUGCUGAAGAAUUCUGAUCCUGCUGYRGUGCAAAAGGAAACAGUGGAGCUGAUUAAUUAUGUUGAUGGGAUGUAUACAGCAUUAAACAUCCAGAUUGUUUUGGUUGGAUUAGAGAUUUGGACAGAUUCCAACCACAUAUCUGUAAUGGAGGGGUCAGCUGGAGAUGUGCUGAGUAGAUUUGUWUCUUGGAGACAGAAAGAUCUUCUGAAGCGCUCAAGAAAUGACGUUGGUCACCUCAUAAUAGGGAGAAGCUCUUUCAGUGGAUCUAUUGGAAUGGCUUUUGUGGGCACUGUCUGCUCCCAUGUCCAGGGAGGGUCAAUCAGCACUCUGAAUCAUGACAAAAUGUUACGUCAUGCCACAGUAGUUGCACAUGAACUGGGGCACAAUCUUGGAAUGAAACAYGAUGAUAAAAGGUGUCCUGCAUCCUAUAUCAUGCACAGCACAGAUAAUGGAUCCAGGAAUUUCAGCACCUGUAGUGCUGAUGAUUUUGAGGCCUUUAUUUUAAAAGGAGGAGGAAACUGCCUUAGAAAUCCUCCCAAAACAAGUAAUGUGUACAAAGAACCUGUCUGUGGUAAUAAUGUGGUCGAUAACAAUGAAGAAUGUGACUGUGGCAAACCACAGGAAUGYUCCAACCCCUGCUGUGAUGCUGCAACCUGCAAACUCACACCUGGAUCACAAUGUGCUCAAGGACUGUGCUGCAAAAAUUGCAAGUUUAAAGUGGCAGGAGCAGAGUGCAGAGCAAAACAAGAUGUGUGUGAUCUCCCUGAAUACUGCAAUGGAAGCACUGCCUACUGUCCAGAUGAUGUUUACAUCAUGAAUGGCUACCCAUGCAGCAACAGCAAGGCAUAUUGCUACUAUGGAGUGUGCCAGAGUUUUGAUUCACAGUGUGAAUCUAUAUAUGGGAAAGGGGCACGAAAAGCACCUGAUAUAUGCUUUGAAAAAGCAAAUAUAAAAGGAGACAGGUUUGGAAACUGUGGAAUGAAAGGUGGAGUGUACAAGAAAUGUCCUGUUCAGCACAGUCUGUGUGGGAAGCUSCAGUGCACAUCUGUCAGUCUCCAAAACCUUCCUGCAUGGAGCGUUGUCAAUAAUGCAUCUGGGGUUUUAUGCUGGUCCUCUGACUUUGACUUAGGAUCAGAUAUCCCUGACCCUGCUCAGGUUCAUGAUGGGACAGCUUGUGGGGAGAACAAGGCCUGUGUAGGUUUUGAAUGUGUUGAUGCAAGAUAUCUGGGCUACAGCUGUGAUGUGAAGCAGAAGUGCAAUAAUAAUGGGGUGUGUAACAACAAUGGGAACUGCCACUGCAAUCCAGGGUGGGCUCCUCCGUUCUGUAACCAGUCUGGCUACGGUGGCAGUGUGGACAGUGGUCCAGCUCACAAAGAUACAUCACUUCGGGAUGGGCUGUUGAUUUUCUUCUUCCUUGUGCUGCCAGUAGUCAUCCUUGCUGCAGCAGCAGUAGUGAAGCGUGAUGCAAUAAAGAGAAAACUUUGCUUUUUCUCCAGAGGACAGCACAGGUUCCUUGAGAGGCAACUGGCGUGGCUAGUUCGGCCCAACCCGCUGGCGACACCGCCCACUCCGCUGCUCAUCGGCCCAACCCUGAGGCGAGGCCGCCUCAGCCUAUCGAAUCCCCGGGCUGUGCCUGCGCGUUCACUUCCGCCGCCACGCCCAGUCCUGGUACUUAGUUCGCGGGAGCUGGGCAGCACGGGGCAUUUACACCGCGGCGGGACGCUCUCCGUGAUCGGAAMUUUGCUGCUGCACCGCAUACCGAAAUCGGCCGGAAUAAACUUUUAA